CAAGAAUCUCAAUUCUACUGCUCUUGAUUUUCAAUUUCUACUACUUACAGCAAAACCCUAUAGCUUAAGAAAUCAACCCAAUGGCGAUUAUCUCUGAGAUGGAGGAGGCGAGACCCUCGAUGGUACCGUUUAGUGCAAGCUUUGAUCCUUCAAACCCAUUAGGGUUUUUGGAGAAAGCUCUCGACUUUAUUGGGAAAGAGAGCAACUUUCUCAAGAAAGACACGGCUGAGAAGGAGAUCGCUUCUGCUGUUAGGGCCGCGAAAGAUAGGUUGAGGGAAGCGGAGAAGAAGAAGCUGGAGAAGGUGACUGUGAAGCCCAUGGAGGUUGAGAAGCCAAAGAAGGAGAGCUUGAAGCCAACGGAACCCAUGGAGGUUGAGAAGCCCAAGAAGGAAAGCUUGGCUCUUUCGGAGCCAAUGGAGGUUGAGAAGCCGAAGGAGGAGAAAAAAGAAUCGGCUACCAUUGUUCCUAACAAAGGCAAUGGGCUUGAUUUUGAGAAAUACUCAUGGGGACAGAAUCUACAAGAGGUCACAAUUAACGUUCCAGUUCCAGCAGGCACUAAGUCAUGGUCUGUUACCUGUGAAAUCAAGAAGAACCGUAUCAAAAUUGGUCUCAAAGGGCAAGAACUAAUCAUUGAUGGAGAGUUCUUUCAUCCUGUCAAGCCUGAUGACUGCUUCUGGAACAUCGAGGAUCAAAAGAUGAUAGCGGUGCUCUUGACAAAGCAAGACCAGAUGGAGUGGUGGAAGUAUUGUGUGAAAGGUGAACCUGAGAUUGACACUCAGAAAGUUGAACCAGAGAGCAGCAAAUUGGGUGAUCUUGACCCUGAAACUCGUGCAACCGUUGAGAAGAUGAUGUUUGAUCAAAGGCAAAAGCAGAUGGGACUCCCAACGAGUGAUGAGAUGGAGAAGCAAGAUAUGCUCAAGAAGUUCAUGGCUCAGAAUCCUGGGAUGGACUUCUCUAAUGCAAAGUUUAACUGAUCGCGUCUUUCAACUCUUCUUUUCUUAAGCCAGCUUUGUAUUCUAGCCUAUAUCUCGUUAUGGCUUCAAGAUAUAUGAAAUCUCCCCCUUUUGCUUAUUUCAAGACAGUUGUUGUUGAUUCGUUAAAUAUACAUUCUUGAGACUUGAUCUGGUUUUUGCUUAAUGUCAUGAUGUUUUCAUUUUAAGUUAACAACUUAAAUCUAGAAUUCUUCUCUCUGGAGAAAAUUGAACGCAUGGUUUUGCUCUCCUUUUUCACUCAUAUAGGCAUAUCUAAUAAAUUGUUACAUUAAACAAAAUCAUAAUUUAUAAUUGGUUAAAUGUACAUGUCUAAGUGAAAUCGACCACUAUGCGCAUUACUUCCAUAGUUUCUAUGAGAGCAAAAAGUUGAUUCACGACGGUAGAAUCUCCGGUGAGGUGUAUCUGGUG